AUGGCUUUUCGACCAGCACCGAAUCCAAUGCAGGGGUCAGCAGAUCCAUCCUCAUCCUCUUCUGAUCCUUCUGGCAGUGUCAUCCGCGCUGAUAAUGCGCAAACCGGAGCAUCUGGCUCCACUAAGCGACCCCAUCGAACGUAUGCCAGAAGAUCGUGUUUAUCGUGCAGACAAAAGAAGACCAGGUGCGAGUUGCCGGAUAUUUACGUCGAGAGCAGCAAGGAUAAGCCAGUGCCGGCUGCCAAGAGGUGUCACCGAUGCAGCGUAUUGCAGAUCGAGUGCUUUGUGUGGGAUGGCGAUCGCAAGCGUGUCCGAAAACUACCAAGCAAGAACGACGCCAAACGUGGGAGCGUGCAGGAAGAUGCCGGCCCGGAGGAUGAUGAAGUUGCUUCGAUUGCGUCGGAUGGCGCCGUCGAAGAAGGGCAAAAAGAUAGUAGAGAAGGCGAAGCUAUUCAAAAUCUCAUGUGGCUGCCAGAACCGAUUGCUCCAGCUGCAGAGGGCAAACAGGGCGGAAACGGUCAUGCGACGAACGGCGCGGCUGCGCUUGCACCAGGCCCGUCCGACUCGGCUUCUGAGAAGGAGCAACGCGGAGCAGCCCAGGGCACCUCGGCCAGCACUGUAUCAGUGGCGAAGCGCCGACGACGCAAGCCGCACGAGCAGGUAGUGAUCAACAGCAGCUUCCAUCCAUAUCUUCUCUUUAGCGAAGUCUUGAACUCCUACCCAGGCUUUGGGCGCGACAUGGGCUCUGGCUUGGCUAGGCCUGCGGAUCGGAGAGUCAGGAUUCCUCUCGACCCUGCGGACAUUGUCGACGAAGGUCUCAGUCAGCAAUUGGAGGAGCACCUGAUGGGCCACCGACUCAUGUACCCGCAUAUACCUACGCUGUCUUUCGUGCGCGCUGCGCAUCUCGACGAUCCCGUGCAAGCCACAGCGCUGCUAUUAGCCGUGCUAUACAUUCUUGCGCUGAGGGCUUCAGAUUCACCCUCCGCGCCUCGCUCGGAUCCCGAGGCGACAAAGCAGCGUCUGUGCGCUUUGGAAGCGUCGGUACACGCGCACGGCAUAGCUGUGCUUUUGAGCAGGCCUUUUUGCCGACACGCGGUCCUCGCACUCGAGCUAAUCUCGCAGUAUAUGCCAUUUGUGCUACUGCCAGCCUCCAGCAUGAGUCCUGGCGCAUGCGCACCUGAGGGUGGUAUUGGCCUUGCGACGCUCGGGGCGACUGCUCGACGCAUCGCGGAGUGUAUCGAGCUCGACAAGGCACCUCAACGCCUGCACAUGAUGUGUCGACGCAUUUAUCAACGACGAGAAACGCCAAAUCCACGCUUGUUGGCGCCAUUGCUGUGGGACGCUUGCCAAUGGUACUCGCUCAUUGCGGCUGAGAACGAGCGGGAUAUCGGCCACGAUCCGUGGUCCCCCACCGCUACAAGCGAGGUCGACGACGCGAUGAUGGUUCUACUGGGUGGGGAUCCCGAUUUGGGGACGCCAAUACUGGCGACGAUGCCGUUCAACGUGCCGGACACAGUGCAAGUGCACGCCGACGGAUUGUCGCGACAAGCCUGCGCGUCCAACGACGCAGAAGAGAUUGCAGCGGCUGCGGAGACGUUCAUUCUCAAAUUUCCAUUCAUACCGCCUCUGCUUGGCCGGUACUCUUUGGCACUCAGAUACAAGUGGAUGCUCAUCCGUCGCGAUCGUUGUCGGAUCAUCAUGAAGCCAAAACAAAGUCAGCAGUACCACUAUUCUUCCCUUGAGGAGCACGAGAAAGAAACAGAGAUCGCCAAGGACGAAGCCGCACUCGCGAAAGCGCGAUUGUUGACCUGGUUGCCUGACAAUCUGAACACGAACGAGACACACAACACCCUUGCUUUUAUGAUCGAAAUGCUCAACUUCUACGUUGGAGUGCACGACUCGAAUUUGCACAACCUUAGCAUGUGGUUCGCCAUCUUUGCCGCAAAGGCAGAACUUGAGGCUGAGGACCCGUUCAUUGGGAAGGACAGAUCGUCUCAAGCCAAAUCAUGCGACGAGGCGACUGGCGGCGAAAAGGAAUCUCCAGACGGCGCCACUUCGACGAGCACGACGCCCUCCUCGGAUGCUCUCGCAGCUAGGCGUCUCAGUAACCGGCCAGUCUCCCAAAAGAAGGGCGAGGACAUUAUGAGUCUCAUCAUCGCCGGCAUUUGUAGUCAAGGCCCCAUCGGAGAGCUACUGCAUCGAUUUGGCUUUACCAAAAUUGACCGAUUCGAAGAAGCCUUGGGCUCCUUUGUGCAGCUCGCUUCGUCGACGUGUCGCUCGGCUCGUGCCAUGCCUCCGGUAUUUCUUGUGGCCAACGUCGUCUUCGUCUGCAAGUCCUACACAGAAGAUGCAGCUGCACGGCUCAAGGGGUGGGGCGGAAUGCACAAGCGAGCUACCACGCACUUUGUCCUCUUCUCUGAAGUCGCACGCAGACUCGAAUCCGUCUGGGCGGUCAAUUGCGGCCAGGCGAACACGGCUCGCGAGGCCAACUUGGGCGCAGCAGGGGCUCAUCUCGUGCGCGGUCUCGUUGGAAUCAUGGAGACUUGGAAGCGCAUCGCAGAGAGGCGUGGGGCACCGCCGACCGGCGAGUACAAUCCGAGGUGGUCGACUCAAGCAGGAGUCUUUUCUCGGCCAGGCGAGGCGGCAACGAGCACAGAUAACAGUCCGAGCGUAACGACGCGAUCCGACCUAUUCGAGCCAGGCGCAACACCCGAAUCACUGCUAGCUUUGUCAUCUCGGCCAACUACCGCCACUUUGUCUGCUCCGUCUUCCACUGCCCCGUCGUAUCCUAGUCGCGGUGAUCUGUUAGAAGGGCAGUCCACUGCUCUUCAGAACUGGGCGGCGCCGGUCUUGAGCCGGCCCGAGUCUCAGGGCGAGCUGCUACAGCCAAUUCAGGCCGUGGCCGCCGCUGACACCUGGGCUGGCGCUUCCUCGGGCCUCUACACCGCACCGGAGAGAGGAGCCUCGCCGCCGAGUUCGAGCUUGGGCGUAGGACAUCACACCAAACACGGCACGGGUGGUCCUGCAGGCAUUGAGCUCCGUCCGGGCGACCUGAGCUUUGCAGAUCUCUUUCCUGAGUAUGCGUCAGCUGCUACCACACCGUUUCCGAUCAGCCGAGCGGAGGAAACGAGUGGUCUGUCUCACGCGACUCAGAACCCCCAGGCCUGGAACGUGUCGACCAACUUUGCUGCGUCCGACAGCGCUUCAGGCGAUGCGUUCUGGCCAGCUUCUGCGAACACUGCCGGCGCCCACUUGGCUUCGCAGCAAAACAGCGGCAACGAUGCACUUGACGCUAUUCUACAAUCACUGGAAGGACCUUCGGACGCUUUUGUGCCUUUUGUGCCUCUGGAGGGUUGGCUGGACCUUGCUGAUCUGGACACCAGUCCCUUUGGAAGUGGCAGCAACUCUUCGCGGCCCUCGGCCGAGGAGACUACCGCGCAGCCUCACCAAAGUCAAUCCGGCGCUGACGGCUGGGCCAGCUUGAUGGCUAGUUUGCGCUAA